AUGGCGCAACAAGAGUUCCAUCUUUUCCCCCGCCUCCCCCCUGAGCUGCGCGAAAUGAUCUGGGCGGAGUCGUUGGAGCCUCGGGUGGUCGGAGUCAACCCGGUCCACAAGUUGCGCCCCAGGGCCGGCAAGUCUAAGAUCUCGUGGCGUAUUAGGGCGCCGAUGCCAGCCCUGUUCUCCGUUUCGGUGGAAGCGCGCCGGGUCGCCAUGCCCCUGUACAAGAAGCUGUACUUCGCCUGCCCCGCCGCGGUCAGGGGCGUGGCGCCCCCCGUGGUUUUUGUCUACUUCCAUCCGGAGCUGGACGUACUAAGCCAGGACUUCGAAGCCAUUGUUGUGUGGCCCCCCAUGGGUGUAAACCGUAUCCGCCGUCCCGGAAUUCUCGCUCGCGUUUCCCUCCCUGGCAACUUCGACGACGUCGUCCAACCCAUCGCCCCCCCGGUUCCGCGCGGCCGCUUCGACCCGCUGCGCGACCUCCGCCACGUCAACCUGGACAUCCACGUCCUGCGUUCAAGCCUCACCCACCUCGCAAUGCAAACCUUGCCGCUCACGCGGGACUUCGUCCACAGCGUGCUGAGUGGUCCGGGUUCCGUCCACAUCCAGACCGUGACAGUGCGCAUCACCGACGGCCUCGGAGCUGCCCUGAAUUCCUGGCCUCGUGUUUACCGUAUCGUCCGUUCCCCGGCCAUUCAUCCCGGAACCACUUUGGUGUACUCGGACAUGCAUGCGAAGCUCCUCCAUCCCAACAAGUGCGGCAUCGACCCGUCCUUUCCGAAAUUUCGCUAUGCGCUGGAGAACGACGGCGUCGUCAUCGCCAAGCCUCGCCCCAGCACAUGGGCAGCGUUCCGUGUGAUCGAUCCGCGCAGCCCCUACAGCGAGUUUGACGACGAUGGCGGCCAAUGGUCUGGGCCGGUCCAAGAGCUACUCUGGCAGACGAUGCUCUACGACGGCAUGAAAAGUAACGAUAACAGCGUCGCCACCUGGUUGGACAGGGUCUUGGGUGCUCCGGACUGGAUGCACGCCUGCAUUAGCCCCUGGGGCAUCUGCGGGGUCCAUUACGGAAUGGGAGACGCCAAACCGUUCCGCCACCUGACCGAUCCCAUGCUGUGGAACUGGCCUUGA